UCGAUUGUAUUAUGUUAAAUACAAUAUUGUUCUUGUACUACUAAACGUAACUCAUUUUAUUUUUAGAAUGAAAUAAUUUCAUUGAAAACAUACCGUUUUAACUCUAAAGUUGUUACAUGUUAUAGACAUAAGAUAUUACUGGAAUGCACUCCUAAAUAUGACGUGUUGUUGUUUAGAACACAGCAUGCUUACUAUAUACACACGACGACAUUAACUCAUCAUACGAUGCAUGUUAAUAAUUAGAAGAUCGCCACAUCUUACCAAUUGAGCUGUAGUGUAUCAAAUUUAGUAGGUGUCGAUUUUAUUAAUACUUAUACUGUCUUUAUGAAAUGAUCCCUUGAUGACCACAUCACUAACGUACCUAAAUCAAUGGCUUCUCAUACGUCAGAUAGAUAAACAGGCACAGGCAGACGGACGGACAAUAUAAAAAAUAGCAGCAUUAAUGUCUAUUAGAUAAAUUUGGAUGUGCAUUCCAUAAGAUACUUAUUGUUUAUUACUACAUUGUUUAUUCGUUUUUGCAACAAUAUGGGAUAACUUUGUAUAGUGUUUUUGGAUUUCGGCUAUGACCUUUUACCGUAGUCUCUAAAUACCUACCUCAUAAGGAAUUUGUGACUCAUAAAGGAUGUCUUUAAUUGAGACUUUACAUCUUUUUUAAAACAAUACGCAUUGAACUAAAUUAACACAACUCAAUUUUAUAAUUAGGUAAUAUAGCACUUUCUAUAAUAUGAUACACGUUAUCUGCGAAAUGUGCUAUUUUUAUUUUAAGACAAAGAACGCGAGUAAGGUAAAUUCAGAUUUCUUAUUGCAAUUAUGCACAACCUAAUCGUGGUUCUCCAUUACGACUUUUGCAGUACAGAAGUUCAGAAGCUUUCUUCGCUGUUAAAUUCGUGCCAUACCUACCAUUGUUUAAAUUUUUGUUUAAUAAUUAAUAUUAUCACUUAUGUGAUUUAAUGGACGAAGAGACAAAGUUGUUGUUAAGUGAAUGGGGAUUCCAGUCCCACAUCGAUAAAUUUUCCGAAGAACAAAUAGACUUGGCUACAUUAAGGCUGGUACAGGAAUCGGACCUGCAGCGAUUGAUUCCGGUGACAGGGCCGAGGGUAAAGUUUCGGUGCCAUCUAGAAGAGUGGAGACAAAGAUUAAAAGCAGCCACUAGUACUUUCAAUGUUGAACCAGAGACCUUCUCAGAAGGCGAUAUCUUGGAUAUCAGUCAAAAGAUAUUAGAAGCAACAGGGUACAAUAACGAAAACACCUUACCUUUAGAUUUUUACCAAGGAGAAGAAUUUAUCGAAGAUCAAGCUACGCAGGAGGCAAAAAAGCAAAGGAUUGAAGGAACCACACAUAGAACUGAUUUUGGUUCGACCAGUCAAGGAUCAUCUUGUUUAACAGAUUACAACAAAACUUACGUUGAAACUGUACUUAGUAAAAGUGUAGAAGGAAAGGCAUUGAUUCAAAGCGGAAAAACUGGAAAACUAAAUGAUAAGCAGAAGAGGCUUUUAGGAAAAAUAUUAAUUACCGAUAUUCUAACUGCCAACCCAGAUAAGAGACUGACGGAAACAGAAUACACACAACUUGGUUUGGCCAUUAAUAGCCUAUUUCCGAAAGAGCCAGUUGCGCUAUACUAUAGUGUCAGCCUAGACCACACGGCGUACUCAACCAAACGCCUCGCAAGAGGAAUACUUUUGCAGGCGUGGAACACAAGAAGAAGACAACUUCGGCAAUUAGGAGAAGUGAAGUAUACGCCAAGGAAGAAGUCUACUUCCAGUGCCAACUCUAGCCCUUUUGAUUCGCCUAUUGGUACACCACUCGUUCUACAUGAAGACAUAGAUGAGGUUGAAGAUGAAAAAUUGAAAACGCUGCGAAGCACAAUCGAGCCUUGGUCUGUCGUGGAAGCGGCUUGGAGAGACACAACAGCUACACGACUAAAGAAAUUGGAAAAGGGAAAUACUACGUUGGAUGAAUAUUUUACAGAGUAUCCUGCUUUAAAACAGCCUCUUGGAUUUCGUUUGCUAUGUGACGAUUUCUCAUUUACCUUUCCUAACAAGGACAAUAGUCUCACAAGCAGUUUACUGAUUAUGCGGGAUCAGCUGAUCAGGAUUGCAACGGAUAAGGCCACAAAUACCAGAGACAAAGAUCUAAAGGAUACUGUUCGAGCGUACCUAGAAAAAAUCACUGAUGACAAGCUGGAUUCUAAGAGCGAGAUUGCACUAAUUUUGCUCCCUUACAUUCUUUCCCUUCAACCGUCCAGGAAGAAAAGUGGAACUCUUGCUUGGAAACCUUCCAGGAGCGAAGUGCGUGAUGGCUUUAUUACACAUGUAACAUGCGCGGGAGAUGUAAGAUCAACAAUCCAAGAAAGAAAAAACAAGUUAACCAGGUUAGGUAGAACAUUCCAGCCAUUAAUCAUUGUUGUGGGCGAGAGUAUCGUUACUUACAGUGUUUGUCACGUCAUUAUUAAUGACACAAUCUAUCAACUUCCAACUUUGUUGAAAGCUGUUGAUACAGCAUUUCAAAUUUUUCAUGCCACUGGUGCUAAGUAUCCGAGCGAAUCGGAGGAUGUUUGGUUAGUGGUACAAAGAUUAUUGUAUUCAAUAGAAACCAAAUUUGAUAGACUUAACCAAACCGUAUCUUCUCUGUUGGCUGAAUUUAAUUUGCUGCAAUGAGUUUCAC